GUGAGUGUUUUUAUAUGCGUGUCUGUGUGAGCGCUUUCAGCAGACAAAUACCCCACGCGGCUCUCACUAUCGAUGUCUUCUAAUGAACGUCUGGAGCUCGUGAAUAAAGCGGCGAUGGAGCACCGAGGAGCGAAAUUCAGUGAGAAAGAGAGAGAGAAUGCCGCCGCGUCUGUACGGAGCCAAUAUGUUGGCAGCGAGGAAGAGUAUGGAUGCGUGGAAGGUCCAGAUGAAGAGAGACGCGUCAAGACAGUGUCAUGGGCCCCGAAACCCACCGAAGAGCCCCCGCGACUCAACUUCCAAAUCCCCCGAAAGAGCCGGGAGAAGAGAGCUUUGUUUCAGUAUGUUUCUAUGGAAUCAAGAGAGUUCACCGACAUUCUGCAGAUUCUCACCUCCAGUUACAAGGAUUCUUCAUCCACGGGGAUGUAUGAGUACUCCAAUCCUCGCCUCGUCCACAAUGACACACUGGAGAAAGACUUCAUGGAGAAGAGAAAAGAACUAAAGCAGGAUGGACGUAUGGAGAAAGAGCUCUCAGAAUCAUUCUGCUUCAUGCUGUGUGACCCUCAAAAGGUCCCAGUGAUGUGUGAGAAAGGGCUGUGUGUUGGCAGCAGCUGGAUGAAUAUGUUGGGGAAUCCCUCUAAAGGUGUCUAUCUGUGUCAGUUUUCUGAUUUACUUCAAAUCACCCCGAUGGAGGCUGGAGCGACCGGAAUCAUCAUAAUUUUUAAAGUGAUAAAGGGUAAAGUAAAGAGUGUACACGAAUGUAUGUCCAGAAAUAUGGAUCCUACACCUAAAUUUGACAGCCAUUUCUCCAAGAAUUUGACUCGAGUGACCUCCUUGCAGUCAUUCAGGGCAUUUGAGUAUACUCAGCAAUACUUCUAUGAAUAUGUGGAUUUUGAGAUUUCGUCCAGGCCGAGACACGUGCGUCCGUAUGCGGUGGUCUCUUAUCAAUUGAAAAGCAAAGAGGCUUCGGCAGCUGCUGCCAAACCACUAGCUUCUCUCAGGUGCAACAGUCAGCCAUCAGGGACCAGCAAAGGCAGGCGAAGCUACACAGUAUGGCGGGGACAUUUCGUGAAUGGGGGGAAGGACAUGUAUCAGGCUUGCCUUCGGUCUCUCUCUCAAACUUUUCUGCCCUACAAACUGCCAGAGAGGAUAGAGAUUGGUAAAGUGAUGAAUCUGGAGCAGGUGAAGCAGAAGAUCCCAUCAGCUCUCUUCUCUUGGACUCUCUACACCGGCAGCCAUGAAGUGUCUAAAAGUGGUAUGUACUGCAGUCUGUUUGAGGUGGUGGAGAAGGACAAAUCACCCAAGAGUUUGACCGCUUUACUGCAGAAACUGGAAGAGGAGGGGCUGGUGUUGGUGAAUAUGGUGAACGACAGCGGUUUUCUCUUCUUGCUGUCAGCCAGUCAGAUGGCCAACUCACGCGAGCGCCGAAACACUUGGAAAUCAUCGUGUAUACAAGCCCUUUUUAUUUACCCUGAGAGGCGUGAUGUGUUAAAGAUUUUAUCUAAUCAUUCUGAGAUCUACGAUCCUCCUGCAUCGGAGCCCCCUGUCAUGCCCCAACAUGACAUGUUUAUCUCCGCCCUGCACUACGCCCUCAGCAAAGCUCGUGGUGACCCACCUACUGACCCCAGCGCCACUGUAGAGCAGCAGGUGUACGAUUACCUCACUAGCCUGCGUGAAGGCAAACCACUGCAGCGUCUCAGGACCGACUACGAUCCAAAGCUUGAUGUGAGGGAGAAGCUCUUUCCCGCACCUAGACAGAAGAGCAACUGGGAGAACUUCAUGCGUCCAUAUAUCUUCAACCCCACCGUGUUUACCAUGCUGCUGGAGAGGGUGAAGCAAAAGGUGGAAGAGCUUCAGGUUCAAAACAACCCGAGCGCAGAGCAGACUGACCCUCCUAGUGAUCCUGAGAAAGUGAAAGAGCUGUUGAAGCUCAUUCAGGUAAACAAGAGGAACUCUAAAGGAACAUUGUCUGGUGCAGAAAGUCCAGAUGUGGUGGAGGAUACCUGCAUGCUGAAGAGGAAGUUGGAGCUUGACGCUCCUGAAGGAAACUCAAAGCGUCAGAGAAAUAAACCCAUCAAUAAGAAUACCAGAGAAGCAAAGAAAAUGUCCACUACAUCUCUGACCAACGCCCUGACCAGCGCUGGCCUUCAGGACACAGACUUGAGGAAGGAUAAAACUGCUAGUGCACUGAAAGUCAUGGAAAUGCUAGACAGCCUGGGAAAGACGAGUCUCGACACAGACCUGCGCAAAGAAAAAGCUCAGGGGGCACUAGAGGUCAUCAAACUGAUAGACAACCUGACCAGAGGUGCAGCAGAGUUACCCAAAAACACAGAGAUGGAGGCACCAGAUAUUUCUGACACAGCGCUGUUUGACAGCAUUUUACGACUCGGUCUUCCAACUGACCGCGACAUCGACCUGAGGAAGCGUUUCAUGGAAGAUGAACCGGAGAGGAGUGACUGUCUGGAGAAGAAUCGAGUGACCGACUGCAUAGAGAAAUCACUGGAGAGAGGAGAGGAGGAGACAGCUGGCAGCUUAAGUAGUUUAGAAGCAUUUAGUCCAUGCUCCGAUUCUGGUGGACAGCAGCGUGGGGUUAACCUGCUCGGAGAAAAGUCAAUUCCAUGGGUGCUAAUACCCAUCACAGGCCUGAGAACCAAUAGAUAUUCGCAAAGACAGAUGGAUUACCCUGAAGAUCCACGCUUCAUUCAGAGCCCAACAGUGUCCACACUCACCACAGCUGAUAUGAAAGAACUCUCACCCCCUUACCAGCCUGACAGCAGUAACAUUGCAGACGAUCCAGACCUGCAGACUGCAGCGGAGACUGAAGAUGAUGAGCCCGGCCCAUCUGCUGCAACAACAUCCACUGACUAUUCUGCAAAUGCAGCUGCAACUUCGAGUGGUGUUGACCACAUUGUCGAUGAACUGAUCUCUGGCUUCUCCAGUGAGGUCCAAGAACUCUUGAUGGGCAAACGCAUACAUUAUGUCUCUUGCUCAAGCACUCAGGGCCCUCGAGAACCUCCCCAAACACCAUUUCCAAUGCUCUCCAAUUAUGUAUCAACCUUCAACACCCCAUUUCCUGUCAAUAACUAUAUCAGCUCUUUCCACGAGAGUCUGAUGAUGUUCAUAAACUCCCAGAAUGUUAAAAGUGAACAAAUACCUCAAGAACAUGUGACAUCUUCCUCUUCCGCUCCAGAAGUUCCUUCAAAUGUUUUUGUAUCUCCCUCCAACUCAAAUUUUUGCGUUUCCUCCUCUUCACCCAGUAAACCCAGCCAUAGUUCUUACUCUCAUAGACCAUGUUCCCUUACUAGUGCACUUGCUGACCCCACUACACAAGCACAACAUCUGUCAAACCUACCGCAACCAGAUAUCCACCAAACAGUCCAGAAGAUGUGUGCAUUGGAGCACAACACAGUGACUCAAGAGACAGUGGAAGCACAUGUCAAAAUGUUACAUGAGAUGAACAAUAAGUCUGCUAUGGAAGAUCAAAUGUCAAACCCUGAGGUGACUGGUGAAGAUGUCACAAUGGAGCACUCUCACUCCACCAUCAGCAGUAUCAUUGAUCAGCUCCAGCCAGAGUUGAUUAGUAACCUGGUGCAGAUCAUACAAGGAGUCCAAAGGAACACCGUUCACUUCUACAUCCACUCACUGAAUGAGGAGGAGAGUGAUGUUUGCUGGGAAAUAAAGGAAUAUUUAAAGAAGCUGGGUAAUUUGGAGAGUAACCCUCACAGUUUUCUUGAAAAAAACAACAGUCAGGAUAAACUACUGGUCAUCAUUCAGAACAUGGACAUUGCCGCAAAGGUUCAUAAGAUACCUGCUUUAGUCUCCUUAAAGAAGCAUACAUCUGUGAGCUUUGCUGGUGUAGACAACCUGGAUGACAUUAAAAACCACACCUACAAUGAACUUUUUCACUCUGGAGGUUUCAUUGUGUCUGAUGAAUAUGUCUUGAACCCCGACGUCAUCACACCAGAAAAACUUCAGGAUAUCCUCAAGUAUCUCGAGCAGAUCAACUCUCCUCUCAACCCCUGGAGAUGGAGGAUACAUUUUAAAUCUCACAAAAAACUCAGAGAGCAGAGCAGGCUCAAAUCUGAUGCUUUGAUUCUGUACGAGAUCCUUGCUGUAUACGAGAAGAGACACAUAGUUGAAAUCCUUUCGUACCAUGACUGUGAUGCUCCGUCACAUAGAGCACCUGACCUGGACUGUCUAGUGGAUCUGCAAGCUAGAUUCACAAAACAACGACACCUCAUAUUCCUAACAGGUUGCCAAUUUGAGAUGUUUCCUCACUACUCAAGCAGUGGCAUUGUGAUCGCUAAUAUUGAUGACAUACAAUUUAUAAUAAGCAGUUUAACUGGGCAAAAUACAGACAUAGUCUCAUUGGAGAUUCACCCCACUCCUGCACCAACCUCAUUGAGAGAAGACAACAUGCCCAAGGACUCCUCCGCUAACAAAGUAUCUGUCCCAACUGAGAUUGCCCAUGUCGUCACUGGCCAACACCCAUCAGUCACAACUGAUCCAUACCCUUCUGUCUCUGAACCCUCUUUUCAUAAUCAAGCAAUUACAAUUCCUGUGCCCACAGCAUCCAGUGAAAGCGAAAGAGAAUUAGACUUUAAAGCUCUCAGCGAAGCAAUUUCACAGUUCAAGGCAUCCAGGAUGCUAGCAAAUUCUGUGGCAGGUGAAACUUCACAAAGUUCUUUUAGAGUUGAUCCUCAUCAAAGCUUCUUUAGUCACAAUGAUUUGUCAGACUCCUAUCCUCAGAACUCCAAGCACAACAGUCAGUCCAGUACUGUAACUGCUUCUGAACCACUUGUUUCUCAUACCUUAAAUGAGAUGCAGUCAGCAAGUGAGCUCAAUCACAAAAUGGAAUCACCUGCCAGAACAACAUUCACUGGGGAUCCAAUGAGUUGUGGCUCUGCUUAUGGAAAUGAAGAGAUACCAACAUCUACUACGUCUUCUGUUAAAGCCACCAUUGACAUGCAUGAGGUCCUGCAAGGAGAACCAGCUUCAAAUGUCAAAGCAACAACAUCUUCAGUUGUGCAGCUGUGCACAGCAGCUGCAAACACCAGUAAAAUAUUAGAUCAUUCAGAUCCUUGGGAGCACUCAACAGUAAUCAGUCACUCCAUGGAAACUCAAUCAGGUGCAAAGGAUGAUGGCAGCAAAGGUGACAGUGGUCCAGUAUCCAGUGAAAGGGCCAAGACUUGUUCCUCUCAACCUCUGGUUAAGGACAAAUGCAUGAAAAGUGGACACAGACCUGGCAGUUCUGGAUCCAGCAUGGAUCAAUUUCGUUCAGUGGACCAGAUGGCAUUGCAGGGGGGUAGCUUUAUUCCAACUAUACAAAGAUCAAUGGGUCAGAGCUACCCUACAUUUGCAUCUCAAAAGGGUGCUAUUGGACUCAGACAUCCUUUAUUGAACUACACUGUUUCCAACAGCCUUGGAGUUGUUGGACCUCCAGUCUUUAGAGGAGUCUUGCCAAAUCAUAACAUGCAAAUGGCAUGGAACAGUUUAGCGCAAGGGUCAGCUUCAGGCUUUUGGAGUGCUCAGCAUGGCAUGAAUGUACAACAGAUCCAUAGAGCUCCAUUCAUCCAGACUUGGCAUGGAAACCCUGCAUUCCAAGGAAACCAUUAUCGUCCUAAUAGAGGAGGCUUUGGUGGCUGGUGAACUAGCAAUUUAUGUAGAUAGUUUCCAAAUGUUUACAACUUAUAGUAUAAGAUUGAUUCUUUUUAUGUGUGUCAGGGAAGAAAAAAAAAAAAAUCAUUUCCAUAUUUUCUCUCCAAUGAUUAAACUGAAUCUUUGUAAUUUGAAUAUUUGCAUGUUGUAAGCUUUGGCAUGGUGGUCAGGCUGAUAUUGUUGGUUAUUUUCCAUUUGGGGAACACUACAGCCAAGAGGCUCCUCAAGGCCCUGGUUUAUAUAUAUUCUUUUUUUUUUUUUUUAAUGCCAUAAACUUCCAUUAAACAACUUUGAAAUCCAUUGUUUGCGAAGUCAUGUCUGGAUUCAGUGGUUCCGAUUUUUGUGAAAGUAUGCUGUGAAAGAAAUAUUGGUAGUAUUCAUGCUCAUAAUAUUCAUAGAAUAGAAUUCAUAUGUUCAAUAUUCAUAGAAUUGGCACUGACAUGAAUGGAAAUGUA